AGACACACACACACCCUAAGAAAAGAAACAAAUUAAGCUGUGAUGGAGUCAUCGACGACAACAUCGUAUUCGGUUGUGUCAGAGCUAGAAGGAACACUACUCAAAAACCCAAAACCCUUCGCUUACUUCAUGCUCGUGGCGUUCGAAGCUUCAGGUCUAAUCCGCUUCGCGAUCUUGCUGCUUUUCUGGCCAAUCAUAGCACUCCUUGAUGUUUUGGGUUACAGAAACGGUAGCCUAAAGUUUAUGAUAUUUGUUGCAACUGCCGGCUUACACGAAUCAGAGAUUGAAUCAGUUGCUCGAGCCGUUCUUCCCAAAUUUUUCAUGGACGAUAUCAGCAUUGACGCUUGGAGACCGUUUGGUAUGUGCGAGAAGAGAGUCGUUGUGACAAGAAUGCCACGAGUUAUGGUGGAGAGAUUCGCUAAGGACCAUCUUAGAGCCGAUGAGGUCAUUGGUACGGAGAUUGUCGUAAACCGUUUUGGUUAUGCCACCGGUUUGAUUCAGGAUACCGAUGUGGAUCGAUCUGUUUUCAACAGUGUGGCUAACUUGUUCGCUGUCGGGAGACCUCAACUAGGUCUAGGAAGACCGCCUAUCUCAACCUCUCCAACUUUCCUAUCGCUAUGUGAGGAACAAGUUCAUGCACCAGUUCCAUCAAACUACAAUUGUCAUAACCAGGGGCUACAUGUGCAACCGUUACCAGUUAUCUUCCACGAUGGACGUCUGGUGAAGCUGCCGACACCAGCCACGGCACUUGUUAUCCUUCUUUGGAUCCCCUUCGGAAUAAUCCUGGCCAUGAUUCGGAUCUUUGUUGGGUUCUUGCUCCCGUUAUGGGCCAUACCUUACGUCUCACGUAUAUUCAACAUUCGAUUCAUCGUAAAAGGAAAGCCUCCGGCACCAGCAUCCGCCGGAAACCCAGGCGUACUAUUUGUAUGCACUCAUAGAACCCUAAUGGAUCCGGUCGUAUUAUCCUACGUGCUAGGGCGUAGCAUCCCUGCCGUUACCUAUUCGAUUUCUCGGUUAUCCGAGAUCUUAUCUCCUAUUCCGACCUUUAGGUUAACUCGAACUCGAGAAGUAGACGCUGAAAUGAUCAAGAAAGAGUUAUCUAAUGGAGACUUAGUGGUUUAUCCUGAGGGAACCACUUGUCGCGAGCCGUUUUUGCUGAGAUUUAGUGCGCUUUUUGCAGAAUUAACGGAUAAGAUCGUGCCCGUGGCAAUGAACUAUAGAGUUGGAUUCUUUCAUGCGACUACCGCUAGAGGCUGGAAAGGUUUGGACCCGAUCUUCUUUUUCAUGAACCCGAGACCGGUUUAUGAGGUGACGUUCUUGAACCAGCUCGAAGUGGAGGCCACAUGUUCGUCAGGGAAGAGCCCUUAUGAUGUUGCCAAUUAUGUACAGAGAAUCUUGGCCGCUACGUUAGGGUUUGAGUGCACUAACUUCACAAGGAAAGAUAAGUACAAGGUUCUCGCAGGGAACGACGGAACCGUGUCGUAUUUGUCCAUUCUCGACCAAGUCAAGAAGGUUGUCACCACUUUCAAGCCAUUUUUCCAUUAAAUUUCUGUUUUUUUUCAUUAUUAAUUAAGUAAUUAAUUUCUAAAUUCUGUGAUCACUGAUUACAUACAUGUUUUUGAAUUUUCAUUCUUUGGAUUUGUUUUGCUGGAA